AUGCUACGUUCCUUGUCAUCCAUCACCCGCAUUGGAAGAGUAUCCCGACCAUGGGUGCGAUUGUCUAGUACCAAAGUCCCAUUUGACACUGAGCCGUUUCCCUUUUCUCGUUUUGAACCUUGUUGCAGCGAUCAAGCAGAGCAGCCCAUGGAGAAUGGCUUUGUGCAAUGUGCCAAGCAUCCGAUUCCCAAGGUCAUUGGCAAAAAAGUAGACAUGACAACCGAGUUACGCAAAUACGACCGUUCACGACAGCUCCUUGUGUGUGUGGGCGAGGAUGCACCAGAGUGGCAUCGAGCCAAGGUGGAAAGCGUCAAGGAUGGCUUGAUCCAUCGUCUUCAAGAAGAGCACAAGACAUGGUUACUACAAGGCAACAAGUCCACCAAUCCUGCCAUCUUAUUGACAACCGCUUGUGAACGACCCUCAUCAUCAUCAUCAGAAUGGCCCAAGUGUGAUAUCCUCAUGUUACCUGAAUUUCGUCGAUUCCCCGCUGUGGAUCCAGCAUCAUUGACAUCGUCUUCGCCCUUUAUCAAAACCAUGCAAGCUCUUUGGAAGGAUCCAACAACACAAGAUUUACCUGAUCCCGGCAUUCCUUAUGAAAGUAUGGAUGAUGUCGAUACAUUGGUUCUUGUAUGCACACACACUAUGCGUGACAAGCGAUGUGGUAUCCUGGGUCCUUUGAUCGUCGAUGAAUUUAGAAAGGUCUUGGAGGAGAAAAAUCUACUCACUACCAAAGGUGGCAAGGUCGAAGUAUGGGGUGUCAGUCACUUUGGAGGUCAUGUAUUUGCUGGCAAUGUCAUCAUUCACCAAAAGGGUCUUGGAGGUCAUGCUUAUGGUAAUGUACGGGCAUGUCAUGUCCCAAGUAUCGUGGAUCGCCAUAUUGUCCAUGGCAAAGUGAUCAAGGAGCUCUGGCGUGGUGCAGUGACCAAUCCAUGA